CAGCCACAGCGGGAGUGGGUGUGUCGAUGCGGGCCAGUGCAGCCUAGUCGCUGCUUGUGCGCACUCUGAAAAAAAAGAGGAAAAAGUUGAUGAUGACUUCAGUGUGAGCGCGGCCCGCCUCGGAGUGGGCUUACGCGGUAGGAAUGGCAGUUUGGACCCGAGCGGACAAAAACGGCCAACUGGACCUUCUGCUGCGCGACCGCUGGAUCCGAGUGGCCGCCGAACUCACCCGAGAAAGGCUGACUUUAACGGCCGAGGCGGAGGCGACGGGACCGGGGGGAAAUCAAUGGGACUACAACAACUCCUCGGCGGGCCUGCGAAAUGGCAUGUCGAACGGAAACGAGCCGGGAACGAGUCCAGGGAACCCCGGUCGUGGUCCGUACUCGGGUCCAGAUCAACUCCAGACCCAGAACCAAGGGGGCAGGGGGCGCAGUGGCAGCCCGGGGCGCGGGGGUGUCAGUCGGUCUCAAAACGACGGCAACUACGGUCCUAACAGCCCCGGGAAGUACCCGAAUAACUGCACGAACUCUGAAUUUGGAAGCCCCGGAUCCAGCUACGGUAGUCCCGGGUCCAGCUUCGGCUCGAGGCAGGGCGACGUUCCGGUCAGCCUGGACGGCUCCUCGGAGGCUGUGCGGAAAGUCCGAGUGGUGAAACAGGAGUCCGGAGGGCUCGGGAUCAGCAUCAAAGGUGGGCGCGAGAACCGGAUGCCGAUCCUCAUCUCCAAGAUCUUCCCGGGGCUCGCCGCCGACCAGAGCCGGGCUCUUCGGGUGGGCGACGCGAUCCUGUCGGUGAACGGGAACGACCUGCGGGAGGCGACGCACGACCUGGCGGUCCAGGCGCUUAAGAAGGCGGGGAAAGAAGUAACGCUGGAGGUCAAGUACAUCCGCGAGGUUUCUCCGCUCUUCAAGAAGCCGUCCCUGGUGGCUGACCUGCCGUGGGACGGCGCCCGCGCCCAGUCGCCUAGCUACAGUGGCAGCGAGGACUCCGGGUCGCCCAAACACUGUGGCGCCUCCUCCAAGGACAGGAAAGUCAUGAGCCUGAAGAUGUGCUUCAUCUGCAGGAACCUCACCAUGCCCGAUCUGGAGAACAGACUUUUGGAGCUGCACUCCCCGGACGGCCAGCACACGGUGGUUCUGCGCUGCAAAGACGGCGCCACCGCCAACUCGUGGUUCACCGCCGUCCACACCAACAUAGCCGCCCUGCUGCCGCACACACUGGCUCACAUCAACGCCUACCUGGGGGCCUCGUCGCCGGCCCCCACGCACCCCCAUCUCCAACACAUCGGCUGGCUGGCCGAACAGGUGCAGCUGGAAGGCGGUCGGCAGCAGUACAAGCCAGUGGUGAUGGCGCUGACGGAGAAGGACAUUCUGCUCUUUGAAUCGGUGCCGUGGAGCAGAGAGUCCUGGUCCGUCCCUCUGCUCACACACCCGCUGCUGGCCACCAGACUGGUCCAUUCCCGCGGUGCCCGGGCCCAGGGUGUGGACAUGGUGUUCGUCACUCGGACGGGCACCGGCCGCGGCAUCGAGUCCCACAUUUUCCGAGUGGAGACCCAGUGGGAUCUGUCCACGUGGACGCGGGCCCUCGUGCAGGGGGCGCACGCCGCCGCUGAGCUCAUCAAAGAAGUCUCCAUUGGUUGCACGUUGAAUCGGCAGGACGUCCGGCUCACGCUGCACUACGAGAGGGGCUUCACGGUGACCAGGGAGCCGGCGGACCCCCCCGGGGGCGCUGUGCUCUACAGAUACCCCUACGAGAAGCUCAGGAUGUCCGCCGACGAUGGGAUACGCAACCUGUACCUGGACUUCGGGGGUCCCGAGGGAGAGAUGGUGUUCGACCUCCACUCGGGGCCCAAGCCGGUCGUGUUCGUCCUCCACUCCUUCCUGUCAGCCAAGCUCACCCGAAUGGGCCUUCUGACGUGAAACAACCGACCCAAGACUCUCCCUCAGCGCUGAUACCGGGGUGGAGGGGUCGGGGGGAUUGAUUUCUAAUUUCCUUUUUUAUUUUUUAUUUCAACUUCUCCAUUCCCAGCUGAAGCCGCCGAGUCUAACUGUUGAUUGUCUCUUAAUUGUGCCUCCUCCUCCUACUUCUCCUCGACCUUUUGGGUGGGGGGAGUCAUGAGGUGUCCAGAGACGGUUCCACAUAAAGUAUUGAGUAUUAAAUAUAGCCGAACAUUCCAUGAAAUGAUGCGUUGAUUAUCUGAUAUGAUGUUAAAGAAUCUGUGCCAUGUGCACCUUGAGCAAAGUGUUUUUAACAUCCAAGCAAAGGAAGGACUUUUAGACCAUGCCUAUCAUUCCACAACCGCCUUCCUGUGUGUGUGUGUGUGUGUGUGUGUGUGUGUGUGUGUGUGUGUGUGUGUGUGUGUGUGUGUGUGUGUGUGUGUGUGUGUGUGUGUGCUGACAGACUCACCUUUUUAGCACAUUAACUAUUGUCGUAAUCAGGAGAGCCGAUUGUGCCUUUUCACAUGUAGUCCAAGGAACUCUUUGUGUCAUUUUUCUCCUUUUGAUGCACCAUAAGAGAAGUUUAAGCUUCUGACUUACAAGCAAUAGUAUUACUCUUACAGUGUAAAGCAUGUUACUUGGUAACAGUGACUCAUGUUACUGUUUCUUUUUUGAAGUGUGUACCUGACGAUAGCAGGACCUCCUGACAUUGAUCUCUGUGUCGGAUGAUGGUCGUUGAUUCCACUUUGCUUGAGGUAACUGGUGUCUUGUUACCAUUCCUGUUAACAGGGCUUGUUUUAGAGGGAGACACCACAUGACAAAAGUCCCAUUGUGUACGAAUGAUCUGUGAUCUGUUACACAACGGUAUUUUGCUACUACUUCCCAUUAAAGUCUCAGAAUGCCAAUGAAAGUCUGAGAAAAUAACCUUCACUCAAUCCACCUGCUUCCUCUCUGAGCUUUUUAGUUGCAUCUCACAGUCUCCGUUGUCACGGAGAUGGCUCUUUCGUGUAAUAGGUGUUUUCAUAAUGGAGUGGUUCUCUGUGGUAGAUGUGAAUGACCUCGAUCUUUUCCCUAUUUGCCCAUUUUCAACCAACCGAGGAGACUUUGGAGGUCGCUCCGAUGCCUGUUUGACUUCUAUUUGUAUCUGUCACUUGUAGCCCGAGCGUUAACGGCGUAGAGAGGUCACAUGAAGGUGACUGGGCCUUAGGGUGAGGUCGUGUGUCAAACUAUGGAGCCCAAGCAGAAGAAGGUUUGUGCUCUUAGAAAUACUGUGACAAAAUGAAAUACCAUUCAAACAAAACAGCCAUUUGGUUAUCUCUUAAGUUUGAGCUUUGAAGUCAGCGACCUAGUUACCGUCUUCCUUCAGCUCCUCUGUUCUGUACCGGUGCCAGAUGUUGAGACACGUCUCAUUAUGGAGUUCAGCGUGACUGACGGUUUUUCAUAACCAUCAGUCGGCCGGUUUAUGUUGCUACGGGAACCUUUCCAGUCAGUAGGCCCUCUGUUGGACACAAUGGUGCAUUGUGUCCACUGACUGUGAAACCCAGGAGAACGAGACAUCCCCUCUGUCCACAGAUACGGGACAGUCCCCAGUUGAACCACCUUCCCUCUGUUUCGGACUCGGAUGUCCUUGUCAGGGUUUGAACAACUUAAUUUGCCUUUUUCUUCAAAAAAAGCGGAACAGUGUACCCUAAUAGGUGCACGCUGUGUGCUUCUUCCUUCUGUUCAUUCAAUGUCGAUCCGACCCACUGCACAGAUCUGAUUGUCUUAAGUUGGUCCACCGUCUACAAGGCUGUCGCUUUUUGAGCUUGAUGCACUAACCAAUGGAACCCCAUUAAAUCUGUGAAUGUAAACCUCUCCUCCGCUUCUCCUUGAGACAUCUUUUUCAUCUCCUUACGAUCUGAGGCUGUCCUGUCUAUGCAAAGCAAUGCUUCAGCAAAGGGGUUCUGAACCAAAGGUAAUAUCUGUGGCAGCUUGCGUCACUCACAAUCAUUGAACGGGAUGACGCGUCAACCUGUCAUAUGCAAACUAUGCUAGUCUUCCUUUCAGGGUACCGUAUACAAUGUAAUAAUCUCAAAUGUACAUACCUACCAAUAAAACUGUUACAAAUCAGAUAGUGUGUGGGGUUUGUGUCCGUUGAUUUAUAAUAUAAACUCUGUUUACUUUUACAAAUUCUAGUCAUGUGUUGUUUUUUUUCUUUAAUGAUGGUAGAACUACUCCAACAUCCCCACGGAUGCUGCUAUAGCAGCCGUCCCUUCAUGCCU